AUGAAAUUAUUUUUUAUUUCUUUAAUUUUAUUUGCUUCCUCUUGUUUUGGAGAGUAUAUUGAUGACCCAAUAAAUACCUGUGUAUUUAAUACUCCAAAUGGGGUAAUCGAUUUAUCAUCACUUUCAAAUCAAGAUUUUUCAUAUCAAGAUAAGAAUCAAAACCAGUACUCUUUUUCAAUUUGCAGUAGUUCUUCAAUAUGUUCAAAAUAUUUAGGUGUUUCAAAUGUUCAAUCAUGUCAAUAUAAAACACAUAAUAAUUAUUAUGCUUAUGAAUUAGGUUCUACUUUUACUGGUGAGUAUUCAAUAUUCAAUGAUGUCAAUGAUGGCUCUGGUCUUGUUUUAAGUUACAAUUCGACCGAUAAUGUAGUUUGUCAAGAUGGUUAUUAUAGAAGUGCAAACUUUUAUUUUAUUUGCAAUGAACAAGUUGAUUUUUCAAUUGUUUCAUUAACACAAAAUCCCCCAUGUACUUAUAAUUUUGUUAUUGACUCAUCAAGUGCAUGUAUUCCAACUCCAACUCCAUCUCCAACACAACCACCAACUCCAGCACCAACAGAAUCACCAACCCCAGCACCAACAGAAUCACCAACCCCAGCACCAACAGAAUCACCUACUCCAUCUCCAACAGAAUCACCUACUCCAGCACCAACAGAAUCACCUACCCCAGCACCAACAGAGUCACCUACCCCAGCACCAACAGAGUCACCUACUCCAGCACCAACAGAGUCACCUACCCCAGCACCAACAGAGUCACCUACUCCAGCACCAACAGAAUCACCAACCCCAGCACCAACAGAGUCACCUACUCCAGCACCAACAGAGUCACCUACUCCAGCACCAACAGAAUCACCAACUCCAGCACCAACAGAAUCACCAACCCCAGCACCAACAACCACCCCAUUCCCAACUUUUUCUCCAUCACCACCACCAGGAAAAAUUAUCCCAAAUAGCUGUAGAUUCCCAUUUGGUUCACAACUCAUUGAUUUAUCUUUCUUAAUUGCACAAGACUAUUCAGGCUAUAGCUAUUAUGAUAAUAGCACAGACUCAGAGUAUUUCUUCAAUUUUUGCCAACCAAAUCAAUAUUGCACAGAUUUAUUUAAUAAUAAUGUUACUUUUUGCAAAAAGCAAGAAGAAUUCGAAUAUAUUAUUGCAUUUACAGAUUCAGGUAGAUACGAAAUUAACCAAAAUGGUUUAGAAUUAAACUAUAACUCUGAUGGCGGAAAUUAUUGUGGUGGAGAAUCACAAAAAUCAGUUUCAUUCGAUAUGAUUUGUAACGACGCCACUGAAUUUUUAGUUUCAAACUUUAAUAUGUCAAAUGAUGGAUGUUAUAUUAUUAUGGAAAUUCAAAGUAUUUAUGCUUGCAUUGGUCAAAACCCCACUCCAUCACCAACCUCAACUCCAUCACCAACCUCAUCACCAACCCCAAAUCCAUCUUAUGAUAUCCCAAGUGAUUGUAAAUUUUAUAAUGGUUUAGAUUUAUCUCCAAUUGUCAGUAACUUUUAUACAGGAUAUGCUACAUAUUAUACCCAAACAAGUUCUGAUUUCUACUUUAAUCUUUGCCAACCAGAUCAAUUAUGUAGUGAAAUGUUUGGUACCAACGUGUCAUUAUGCGAAAAAUAUUAUACAAAUGAAUAUGCUUUUGCAUUCACCUACACUGGUACAUAUCAAAUAAUUGAAAAUGGUAUUCAAUUGUACUAUGACUCUGGUGAUCAAUUAUCUUGUAAUGGUUUCAAAAAAUCCCUCACAAUGAAUAUUCUCUGUAAUCAAAGUACAGCAUUAGAAUUCACUGAUUUUUACCUAUCAUCUGAUCUUUGUGGCGCAACUGUCGAUAUUCAAACCUCUUAUGCAUGUAUUAAUCAAGAACAAGAACAAAAAGAAGAAGAGCAAAUUCCAACCCCAAAACCAACUGAAUCACCCUAUAAAUCAUGCAUUUUCCCAAUUGAUGGAGGCAGUUAUUACAAUUUAAAUCCAUUAAAAAGAAAUAUUACCGAAACACUCUCAUAUGAAACAAAUACUAUGGAAUCUUUCUAUUUUUCAUUCUGUGAAUCCCAAACCUACUGUAACGAAAUGUUCAUAAAUGAUAAAGAUAUUCAGUCAUGUGUUUGUCAAAUCUCAUUUGAUGACAGUACCGAUACCCAAGUAUGUUAUGAAAUGGGUGCAUAUUCUACAGGCCAUUAUGUUUCAUCACAAAAUAAUCUUCUAUUUAUUUUUACACAAAACGAUGACAACUCCUAUAUUAAUGGUUUCCCAAGAGUAAAUAAUAUGAUUUUAACAUGUAACGAACAGACCGAAUUCAAUGUUGACUAUUACUAUGAAAGUCCAGCUGGUAAUUUCAAUUUUGGAAUUUCUUCAAUGUAUGCUUGUCCAAUUUCAUCAUCAUCCCAAUCUUCUUAA